GGGUGAGACGGGCAGAAAAUGGGCGCCAAGAAGGAGGGAGGAGAUUGUCCGAGUUAUUUACGUCCGGAAAACGUGGUUUCCUCAGCCCUUGGCGGGUAGUCGAGUUUGAAUAGACACCGACCUCGGGAUAUAUUUUUCAGCGGCACAAUGAUAAAAACGGAGAAGGUGCUGCACCUGAGGAGCUGUAAGGGGAGGUCUGUGCGUGUUGUGAGGGAGCAUUACCUGCGGGAGUCGGUGCCAUGCAACAGCUGUUUGUGCGAGGCUCAGUGCCACAACGAAGGGAAAUUGCUGUCACAAAGUGCAACACAUUAUGUGAUACCUGACUGGAAAGUGGUGCAAGAUUAUCUGGAGAUACUUGAGUUUCCGGAGUUAAGAGGGAUUGUCUUCAUGCAGACAGCCUGUCAGGCUGUCCAACACCAGAAGGGACGCAGGCAGUAUAACAAGCUGCGGAACCUGCUGAGGGAUGCUCGUCAUGAAUGCGUUAUGUUCUUCAAUGAAUUUCAAUUGUACUCGUAUGUCCCGAGAGAGCAAGGAGAGUCUCUAGAAAAAUGGCAGACCAGGUGCAUUUACUAUGCCACAGUCUGGUAUUAUAAUCAUCUUGCAGGACUAAUGCCAGUUGUUAUGGUUACUGAGGAUGCGGAAGCCAUUCAGAAAUAUGGGAGUGAAACAGAUGGAGUGUUUGUUGUAUCAUUUAAGAGCUACUUGGAGAAUUUUUGGCCUGACCUGAAAGCAGUGCACGAGCUGUAUGAGUCUAUUGUUCAGUCUCGGAAAGAAAGAGAGAAUGAAAUUCAGGAGAAGAAUGGAAAGGAAUAUUUGGAACAUCUGUCUUUGGAAAUACUGGAGGCUGGCAUCAAAUCUGGGAGAUAUAUUCAGGGUAUUUUAAAUGUCAACAAGCACAGAUCUCAGUUGGAAGCCUUUGUUCGCAUUCAGGGAUUACCUAAUAAAAGAUCAGAACUGGAAACAGAUAUACUUAUCUGUGGCACAAAGACUCGAAAUCGUGCUAUCGAGGGAGAUGUGGUAGCUGUUGAGUUACUGCCAAGGAAUGAAUGGAAAGGAAGAGCUUCAAUACUGUGUGAGAAUGAAUCUGAGGAGAAAGCCACCGAGGAAACCGAAACUGAGCCAAUGCCUACAGGUAAAGUUGUUGGCAUUAUUCAGCGCAAUUGGCGAGAUUAUGUUGUGACCUUUCCGCCCAAAGAAGACAUACAAUCUCAGGGUAAAAAUGUUCGGAAGAUCCUAGUUACGCCUUGGGAUUACAGAAUUCCUAAAAUAAGGAUCAGCACUCAACAAGCUGAAUCACUGCAGAAUUUCCGAAUUAUUGUACGAAUUGAUUCCUGGGAUUCUACAUCUCUUUAUCCCAAUGGACAUUUUGUGAAGGUUCUUGGAAGAGCUGGUGAUUUAGAGACAGAAAUUGCAGCUAUUCUUGUUGAAAACGGCAUUUCAAUUGGCCCUUUCUCUGAAGCCCAGCUGCGUGAAAUACCAGUGAACACUCCUGAGAAUCCCUGGAAGGUUGAUGCAGAGGAGCAAGGCAGGCGAGUGGAUUUAAGAAACACUCACCUGGUCUUCAGCAUCGACCCCAAGGACUGUGAAGACGUGGAUGAUGCACUGUCUGUUCGCAAAUUAGCAAAUGAAAAUUUGGAGCUGGGCGUUCAUAUUGCAGAUGUCACACACUUCGUCAAAUUAAAUUCGUACACAGAUCUGGAGGCUAGAUCGAGGGCAACAACUUGUUAUUUAGCAGACAGACGCUAUGACAUGUUACCUGCCAUCCUUAGCGCUGAUCGAUGUUCUUUACUUGGGGGUGCUGACAGGUAUGCAAUCAGUGUGUUAUGGGAAUUAGAUAAAACUAAUUAUGAAGUCCUUAAAGUGUGGUUUGGACGAACCAUUAUAAGGUCUACUUACAAGAUAUUCUAUGAAGCAGCUCAAGCCUUGUUGGAUGGGGAUCGCAAUGUUGUGGAUAUCCCUGAGCUCAAAGGGCUUGAAGAGAAAGAGAAAUGUAGACGGUUGAAUGACUUGAUAUGGGCAGUGGAGAAGCUGACUGAAAUAGCUCGUCGCACCCGGACAAAGCGCUCCCUUGAAGGUGGCCUAGAGUUGGAGGGAAUUGAAAUCCGAGUACAGUUAGAUGAGAAGAAGAACAUCAGUGACCUGGUGCCCAAACAACCCCUGGAGGUGCAUGAGACUGUAGCAGAAUGCAUGAUUAUGGCAAACCACUGGGUGGCAAAGAAAAUUACUGAGAACUUGCCUCACCAAGGCUUGCUACGAUGCCAUCCUCCACCAAGACAGGAGUCCUUCACUGCACUGAUUGAGUGUGCAAAGGCAAAGAGAUUCAAAAUAGACACACGCUCCAACAAAGCUCUGGCAGAUUCACUGGACAUGGCAGAAGAUCCAGGUGAUCCUCUGGUGAAUAAACUCUUGCGAUCCAUGGCCACGCAGGCAAUGUCCAAUGCCCUUUAUUUUUCUACUGGCUCCUGUUCAGAGGAUCUCUUUUAUCAUUACGGACUUGCUCUGGACAAAUAUACUCAUUUCACAUCUCCAAUCAGAAGAUAUGCAGACAUAGUAGUCCAUCGACUAUUAAUGGCAGCUUUAUUAAAAGAUAAGAAAUUGGAACCUGAAAAUCCAUUGCUCAGCCAGAAGGAUUUGGAAGAAUUAUGUCAUCAUAUCAACAAGAAGAAUAGGGCUGCUCAGCGCGUGCAGAAACAAUCCGUAGAGUUAUUUCAGUGCAUGUACUUUAAGGAUAAAGAUUCCACUUCUGAUGAGCGUUGCGUAGCAGAUGGUAUCAUAUAUUCAAUACGAGCAAAUGGUGUACUGGUAUUUGUACCAAAGUAUGGUGUAAAAGCUGCAGCUUUCCUAAAGAAUAAAGAGGGACUUGUGAUCACAGCACAGCCUGACGGAUCAUGUGAAUGGAAACCUGGCUCUCUCCGACGCCUUAGAGACAAAAUUAUCUCCACUACAGCUGGCGGGGAAUCUAUUACCUUCUCUCUCUUUGAACACAUCACAGUAAGAAUCUCAGAAUUCUCAUCCCGGUCACAUCCUGACACCAUCAAACUGGACAUCAUCAACAACCAACCUCGUAGCAAGACUGGUACUGAACCUACACAUGGAACAUCUCACACUUCAAAGACCGACUUGGUUCGGGAUGUAAUCAGAUCUGCUGAAGAAGCACAACUUGCCCAAAAGCAUGCAAAAAGAACAUUGAUCAGAGAUGAAGAUAGAGAAUAUUGUCAAACUCAGGGUAACAGCCUCUACUCAUUGUUGGAAGAAAUUAAGGAAAUGGCUCUUCAAGAUGUUUCAGUGGGAUAAGUAUCAAGACUUUGGGUCCAUUUAUAAUAAUCAAAACCACCAAUAGUAACAGAUUUUUUAGCAUAUUUGAUGCCAAGGUAGUCCAAACUAAAUGGCUGGUGCCAGUUAUUCAAACAACCCAUAGGAAUGCAGUUUGAUGUUAUUUGAAAUACAAAAUAUGGUAAUUAACAAUGCAAAAGAUGUAAAGAUGUGGUGUUUUGAACAAGAUGUAUAUAUUCUAAGUUUUAUUUAAUGCAUUUGGCACAAGGUUUUACCAUUCAUUUGCAGUCACCAUACAUGGUUUAGAAAAUAAACGAAUAUAAUAAGUA